AUGCGGGGUACAUGGUUCCUUGCCGUUGUAGGAUGCGUCGAUACGUUGACUCAGGCAGCGUUCGAACCACUGGACUUCGACAUUACGCAGGCCCUCCUCGCCAAUGGUGUUGACGUGUCCAGCAUCCCAGCGCUGUCGCAGUAUUCGCUUGACUCAGGAGCAAGCGCAUGCGAACCUGCUUGCUCAUCUCUCCACCACCUUUUCGGCGGCAAGGUCUCCACUCCGAACACGUCCACCUACGAGGCUUUCACCCAGUCAUACUGGUCUGGACAACAAGCCUCUGUGGACCCACACUGCAUCUUCAGCCCUGCCGUCGCCCGGGACGUGUCUAUUCUUGUGCUGAUUGCUCGACUCACAAGGUGUCCCUUCGCAAUUAAGAGUGGCGGCCAUGCAGCAUUUGCAGGCGCCAGUAGUAUCCAGGGCGGCAUAACAGUCUCCUUCAAAGAUAUGAAGAGUAUAGAGUUGUCAGAGGAUAAGUCAACCGCGAGCAUUGAGCCUGGAAAUACGUGGUACGAUGUAUACCACACUCUUGAACCCGAGGACCUAGCCGUCAUUGGAGGCCGUGUUUCUGCCAUCGGCGUAGGAGGAUUGACCCUGGGUGGAGGCAUAUCUUUUUUCUCGAAUGAAUAUGGAUGGGCAUGCGACAACGUGGCUUCUUUCGAGGUUGUCACGGCGACGGGAGCCCUCGUCACUGCAUCGCCGAGCAGCCAUGCCGAUUUAUACUGGAGUCUACGAGGAGGCGGUAACAACUUCGGCAUCGUGACCAAGUUCGUGCUUGAGACCAUAUCGCAGGGUCUGAUAUGGGGAGGCGCCCGGUUGCAUGUUGAAGAGCAAUUCGAGGCUGUCAUGGAUGCCUUUUACAACCUGGGCACCAACUCACCCCAGGAUGUUGCCGCAGCCCAGAUCCUGUCCUUCGCAUACGUGCAAAACACCAGAAUAGCUUCGUCCGAGCUUGAAUACUCCAAGCCAAUCGCCAACGCUUCCAUAUUCUCCGAAUACCUCGCUAUCCCGGCUAUAGAAGACGGCACUAUGAUCCGCACGCUUGCAAAUGCGACCCUGCAGAUUAACACGGUCAACCCCAACGGCUUGCGUGAAACCUACUGGUCGGUCACUUUCAAGCUCGAUCGUGACUUUACAGCUUUUACCAAGGACGUGUUCUUUGAAGAGGUUUUGGCGAUCGCUGAUGCCGCCGCGGUAGUGCCCGCUCUGACGCUACAAGUCGUCACACUCCCCAUGUUGCGCAACUUCGCUAAGAACGGAGGGAACGCACUCGGCCUCUCGGCAGACGACGGGCCUCUGCUUUUGCUGUCCACGGCCACGAUGUGGGCGGAUGAGGCAGACGAUGAGCGGGUACUUGAGGCCAGCAGGAAGACCAUUGAGAGGACGGUUGAGGAGGGGAAGAAGAGGGGGCUGUCUAUAGAGUACAUCUACAUGAACUACGCGAGCCAGUUCCAGGACGUGGUUGCGAGUUACGGGUCAGAGAGCCUUGCGAGAUUGAAGGCUGUCGCGCAGAUGUAUGAUCCGACGGGCGUGUUUCAGGUGCUGCAACCAGGCUACUUCAAGCUGGAUGGCUUGCAGCCGCGUGGGGUAUACUAG